GCUCCCUCAUUCAUUUCUGAGUUCUACCCAAAACUUCAAGAGAGAGAGAGCGAAUUCACAGUGACUCAGAAAGAAAGAGAGAGAAAGGCAUUGGAUACCAGAAAAAGAAGAAAGCCAUAGCAAUGAAAAAUUCUCACAAGAAUUUCUCCCGUAAAAGAAUCCCUGCAACUUCAGAAGGUGUUGAUGAGAAUGGUAAAAGCUACAGAGAAAUGGGUCGCAAUUUGCGAAGUCCAUCUAAACCAGUAACAAAGAACUUCAUGUCACCAACCAUUUCUGCAACUUCAAAGGCCAAUCCUCCAAGAAAGGAAGUCUUAGCUGAAAGAAACCAAAUUACUGACUCUCCUCUCCAAAAGUCCUUCAAUAUUGAUUCAAAAUCCACCCAAAAGACUCCACUUUAUGAUUCAAGAGCUGCUUCUGUGAUUUCAAGUCCUGGUACAACUGGAUUUGGAAACAAUGAUUCAGAUUUGAGUCCUUAUGACCCAUUAACUAAUUAUCUCUCUCCAAGGCCUGAAUUUCUCCGUUAUAAGCCUAAUAGGCUCCGAGAGAUUUUACUUCGCAUGGAAAAGGCGGAUGAAGAAAGCAGCGACGAGUCAAGUCUUGGUGGAAGUGUGUCUACUGAAACCAAGAAAGUGAAUGAUGAUGAAACUGAUUCUUUACAUGCUUCUCAAGAAGACUCUCUGAGGAAAGAAAAUGAAGAACUUGAAUUCAGUGAUGAGGAAUUCGAGGAGGAGAAGGAAGAAGUGAAAGGAGGAAUGACAGUGAAUGAUGACGAAACUGAUUCUUUACAUGCUUCUCAAGAAGCCUCUCUGAAGAAAGAAAAUGAAGAACUUGAAUUCAGUGAUGUGGAAUUCAAGGAGGAGGAGGAAGAAGUGAAAGGAGGAAAGAUGGUGAAUGAUGAUGAAACUGAUACUUUACAUGCUUCUCAAGUAGACUCUCUGAAGAGAGAAAAUGAAGAACUUGAAUUCAGUGAUGAGGAAUUCGAGGAGGAGGAGGAAGAAGUGAAAGGAGGAAAGACAGGUUUCUUGAAGUUUUUUCUCUUACUGGUUGUUCUGGUGUUCGCUACUUCAUACAUUUACUCUAUGAAUUCUCCUACACCUUCACCUGCCACACAAGCUAUACAGGAUUGGCAAUACAGGAUGCACGACCUUGUGUAUGGUAUGGUGGCGAGUUACGAGGGUAAAAGUGGUGUAUUCUAUUCACAAAAUGAUCUGAUUGGACUAAACCAUACAAUUAUUGGACAUGAUACUCUUGCAGAAGAGUUGGUAGAAGACAUUAUAAGGGGACUAGGUGACAGUGAUGAGUGGAGUCAAGUGGAAGAGGUCCAAACUGGAAAAUUUGAGGUUAUGGAGGUUGUCAAAGAUGAACUCGUAGAGGAACAAGCCGGAGUAGUAUGUGAAGAUGCUUGUGAUCUCAAAAUGGAUACAGUAGAGAUUUCUAAUGUGAAAAAUGAGAAUAUUGAGAUUAAGGGUGGACAAAUUGAAGAAAACAUUGGAGUUGUUGAGGUUUAUGAUCAUCAGUUUGAGGGAUCCGAUUCUUCGGUACAUCAGCAGAUUGAUGUUAAAGAUGAAAACAUUGUAGUAUUGGCUGAACUGGUCGAGGAACAAGCCGGAGUUGAAAACAUUGAAGUAGUAUUGGCUGAACUGGUCGAGGGAGACGUCAGAGUACGUGAAGAUGCUAGUGAUCUCAAAAUGAAUACAGGAGAGAUAUCUUAUAAGAAAAUUGAGAAUGUUGAGCUGGAGAGUGGACUAGUUGAAGAAAACUUUGGACUUGUUGAAGUUUAUGGUUAUCAGGUUGAGGUACCUGAUUUUUCAAAUGUUACUGGGAGAAAAGAAGAUGGCUUUUUAAUGGAUCCAUUGAAAGAAGUUGAGCAUGAAGAAUUAAACCAAGAAGCCAUUGAAGUGCAAAACAUUGAAAUUUUGAGUCAUGAAGUGGAGGGGAGUCUAGAGGAGGAGGAGGAGGAAGCUGUGGAAUACAUGGUAACUGAAUCAAUUUCUAGAGGUGUUAUAUGUGUUGCUUUAUUUUCUGUGGUUUCUGCAUCAUUGACAUUAAGUUUUUGCUUUAAGAAGGCCAGAAAAGUUAGACAAAGUUCUCCUUCAGUCUUUGUGCCUUCUGUUGGGCCUGUGAUAGAAGAGAAAUGCUGCUUAGACUCUGUUGAUUCGUAUGAAAACCGUUUGCAUUCGGUUGAUUUCAGAAAGAUUGUUUCUGAGAAUUCAUAUCAAACCCGAGCACCUUCGAUCGAGCUGCUCAGUGAGUUUGAGGUAGGCUCUAUCAGCAGUUCUCUUAGGAGUGGUGGUAUGAAAAGCAGGAUGUUUGAUAGUGAAGUGAGCAGCCAUUAUUUUUCUCAAGAGAAGGAAUUGGGAAGCACAAGUGAUUCAGUUCCAAUUCCAGUCCAACCAGAGUUAUCUUCCAUGAGUUCUCCUUCAUUUGGAAGCUACACUGCUGAGAAGAAGAUAAUUAAGAAACAGAAACUGGAGGGAGGAGAUUAUGAACACAAGAUAGUGAUGACAACCCCAGUUAGGCGAUCAACCCGAAUCCGUAACCGUGCAGUCACUUCUCCCUAAAUCAUGCAUCAUCAACAUGGAUAAUCAUUCUGAAAUUGUGGCUCACAAAGAGAGCUUUUUGUUAUUGUUUCUUCUACUGAAGAAAUGCCCUUAUGUAAGAAUAGGCAUUUACUAGUGUAGAAUGUGGAUUUAAUCUAAUGUUUAGGGUAAACUAAUCUAGUGAUGAUUGCUUUAACUUUCUUUUGAUGGUGACUUAAUUGGGUAAUUGUUUCUUUUU